AUGGAAGCUCUAGUAAAGAGCGCUAUACAGCAAUUUUGUGAAGAAUAUGACAUCUUACAGGAUUUUCAACAUGGCUUCCGUAGAGGACGUUCCUGCCUCUCAAAUCUGCUAGCUUGUCUGAACAUCUUGACCGGCGCUCUAGAAGAGGGUUUUGAGGUCGAUGUCGUAUACAUCGAUUUUCGCAAAGCCUUCGAUACUGUUGCGCACCAACGCCUUCUUCACAAACUGAGCGCCAUCGGCAUCAGGUGAGAUCUUCUGAACUGGAUUAGGACGUUUCUGGUUGCUCGGAAACAAAGUGUAUGUAUCGGAGAUGAUAUGUCAAAAUGGGUGAAUGUGUGGCGGUCAAGGAUGUGAGAUCGACUCAAACCACGCACAAUAAGUUCGUUUCGCCUACUGUCAGAAGUCAGGGAGCUGUGAGGACUAGUUUAUUCUGUACACAGGGCAGGUUGUCGUAAGUUGGCGAUUGCUUCCAACAAAGAAAAGCGUCCGUUCACGGAGAGCGUCAGACACGGUGUGUGUUGUUUUCGCGAGUGUGAGUGUCUAAGUCAGCAUGAGGGGGUGACUGUCUGCGUGGUGGUCGUGUGAUUGGACAAAUUAGGGGACGAAUGGAGGGCGCAUACUAACAGGGCCUCGCGGGAAUCAAGCCAAAGCGUUCGACGCGCGUUAGGCGAUACUAGUUUGUGAGUGCAGCCGGGGUUCACUGCAGCUGGACCGGAGGUGUCCCAGUUCUAGCCGGCGGGGGUGGUCGUGCGUCAGCGGCCUGUCAGUGCUUAUCGCGGCCAUCGACCGACAAAACGGAGCCGGAGAAAAGAGGGCUGGAGCGGCUGCUACAAAUGUGACCAGUGGUGUGCCUCAAAGCUCAGUUCUUGGACCAUUGCUCUCCAUUCUUUUUGUUAAUGACAGCAUUCAGGAACUCGACUGCGGCAAAAUAAUGUUUUCCGACGACGUUAAGCGCUGGAAAGUCAUUAAGGUACCCGAUGAUCAGAGACCCCUUCAAGAUAAUCUGCACCGACUGCAAGCGUGGUCGAAGAAAUGGCUUCUAUAUUUCAAUGUGGAGAAGUGUGCCGUCCUUCAUCUGCGUACAACCGACUCUCAUUCAAAUGAGAGCCUGAGGACCAAUCACCUGAAAGAUAUAAGGUUCCCUGCAGAAUCUUCACAGAAGGAUCUCGGGGUUUGGAUACAGAACAACUUGAAACCAACACUGCAGUGUCACAAGGCUGCAAAAAACGCCAUGGGAGUGCUGCAUGCAAUCAAAAGAGCUUUCGUAAACUUUGACCAAGACAUUUUUGGGAGAGUUUACGGCACUUUUGUUCGGUCCCACUUAGAAUAUGGCAUACAAGCAUGGCGGCCAUGGCUAGUAAAGGACCAAGCAUGCCUCGAACGGGUAGAACGGCGUGCAACAAAGCUGGUAAACGGUCGAAAAGCCAAUCCUACAAAGACAGACUGAAUUGCCUUAAUUUAUUCCCUCUAUGUUACCGGCAACAAAGAGGUGAACUUAUCCUCGUCUACAAGAUAUUACAUGAUCUUGAGCAUGGGCUUAAAUUUGACGACUUGUUUCAGUGACACCUUUCACCCAAUCUUCGUGGUUACUCGAUGAAGUUACGGAUAACAAUUUCCAGGCUGAAUCUUCGUUCUGAAUUUUUCACGCAGAGUGUAGUGGAGAAAUGGAACGAUUUCCCUCAGUCAGUCGUGGAAGCUACGUCCAUGCAACUCUUCAAGAAACGCUUGGAUGAUUAUUUGUGUCCCCUGUUUUCCCUCGACAGCCUGAAUCUGAACUAAUACCCCACAACGCCGCAAAUAUUUUCCCUGAUCCAAUGCUACUCAAAUGACUCAAGCACUGUUUUAAUGGCGAAUAUUUUUACAGUUAUUUCUAACGGGCUGACAUGUAAUCAAUAGGGUUUUCAAAGGCUCUGCCUAUUACCCUUAGCAAAUGAACUGAAACUUGCACAGUGUGUUUUGCAUCGAGUGCUCCUGUCCAGCUUUACAUAUUGCGUAGGAAGUUCGCUACACACGAUCUUCCCGUAAGAAAACCGUGCGUUGUGGGUUUCCACAUAAGCCAUCAUAUCCCUUUGGUGAUCUUCAUGACUUUGCAACAUAUCGAUGUCAGACGGACGUGUAUGUAGUUCGUCACAUGAGCAUGACUACCGCUUUUAUAAAACUCUGUAAUUUGGGUCGAUUUCCAUUCUGUGGGAAUGAUUCCGGCAUCAAACGAUGCCAGGCACAGAAGGGAUAGUGGUUUGGUCAACGGUCGGUCAAGUUCAGAGGGUAGUUUCGCGUGGAUCUAGUCGAGGCGGGAGAUUUACAUUCCUUCAAGCCUUUUAGUUCUUCAAAAAUCGCUUUUUGUCAAAAUACAAUAUUUUCAAUAAUCAGAUCUCCCAUGCUCUCAGCAGUAGGCAGAAUGAAAACUGCUUCCCUAGUGAAAACAUAUUGGAAGAACUGAGAAAAAUGCUAAGCUUUGUUUGUGCUUUUCGAUAUAUCCAAACCGUCAUCAUUUCUCAUGGCAGGAGUGGGAUUCCUGUUACGGGCGCUUUUUCGCAAACAGUUGUAGGCAAUCUUAGACUUUUAAGGGCUCCGUGGAGCAAAUGACACUCUAAAUCUCGUUGUCUCUUGAAAAUCGAGCCCUUCACUAUGUUUCUUUGGACUUCAUAUUAUGUAAACGCUGCAUAAAUAUCGCCUUCGCGAAAAUUCUUCCACAGCCUUCCGUUCUUGCUGGUCUCAUUUCUGAGAUCUCGUGUUAGCUACUGAGUUCGGUCGGAUUUCCUAAGCUUUGAUAAGGCACAGUGUGUCUCCAUUAGCUGCAAUAACCUGCCCUUAAAUAAAUUCCAGUCCCCAUUGACGUUCCCGGAGAUGAGGGCAUUCCAGUCUAUUUGUGAUGCUUCAGCUCUCGUUGGCAAAAUUCCCUUGCCGUAUAUUUGUCCUAGUGUCAGUGAUUGCAUACGGCGCAGAAUACAGUACGUAAUCCCAUAAGACUACUGUGUUAUCACUUAAACCGUGCGUAGGCAGGCAGUGCACCUCAUAUAUGCUGUCAAGAUCUUUGCUUAAGACGAAAUUAAAGAAAUUAGGCUGUUGUCCUCCACGCGCUCUAGCUGGAAAUGAGACAUGCAGCGUGAGAAGAGCUUCGAGUGUUGUUUUAGGAAACAGUUAUCGAAGGCGUAUUUGGAGAACUUCGCAUGCAUAUCGCUUCAAUGAAUGCGGACUGCACUAAAGUCCCCCACUAGAACAAUGUCCGGCCGACUUUAAUGCUUUCCAGCAGACAAGUGCCUGCAUUGGGGUCUGUCCGUAUGUUCAGUUCGAACUUCCCUCGCAGCUUUGAGGCCUCACUUUUACAAACGUUUCGUUGACGCUUAUAUUCUGUAAGUGUUCUUCGGAGCCAGUUAGUCUGUAACGCCUCAACAGGCAAUUCCAUUCUCUGGAAGAAGUCUUUUAUUUCGAGUUUAUGCAUUUUGGGCGUUUUGUGAUUGUCUUCCUUCUGGGAGGACAACUGGAAUAAAAGAUAUCUUUCAGUAAGGAACUGAAAGUAUUCCAGUUGUCAAUUGCUCGAACAUACAGUUCAGCCUCCCAUGAUACAGCCGCCGCUUCCCUUCUCAUAAGAGAAUAGUCCCCUUUCCAGAUGUUGCCCUCCCACCUAUCGGGUUGAACGGGUUUGGAAAAUAGUGAAUACUCGAAGUAGAACGUGAUGUGGUCGCUUGACCCUAAUGGCGGUUGGUCCUGCAGGUCUAACUCGUUUUCCUCCUCUCGGAUAAAAAUAAGAUCAAGGCAAUUCGACUGCUGUCCUUCACUGGCCCGCGUUCGAUAGGUAACAUUCUGGCAAAGGGGGUUGUCCGUGGCCCAUUGUGGUAAUUUGUGAUUAAAGCUGUCUUGCGGCCCUUGCGCAGUCUGUGUUAGCCAAUUAAUGCCAUGAGCGUUAACAUACCCAACGAUAAGAACAUCUUCCUUCCAACUGACUUUGGUAACUUCAGUUACGAGCAUGCGAUCUUGGUCAGGAGUAUGGUUAGGUGAACGAUACACCACCGAAAGCGUCAGUGAUUGGACAUUCUUAGCAGGUAUGGUAACGCUUAACACUUCCACACCUCAUACUAGACUAUGUUCAUCAGCCAUAGCAGUCAGCUUGCAAAUGACAUUUAUAAUGAUUGCUCCUCCGCGGCUUAAUCGGUCUCGCCUAAAUUACUGAUAUCCUCUAAGUGAUAUUUCUGAAUCUGCGAUAGCUUCAGUAAGCCACGUUUCUGUGAGAGCCAUAAUUUCUGGCUCAAUUUCAUCAACCAAGUCUCUUAGUUUGUCAAGUUUGUUGCAGAAGCUUUGUGCCUUUGCGGAGAUAACCUUCGAUGAUUGUACCAUUGAAGGGUUUCCGCCUCCAUUGUGACAGAUUUUGACCAUAGGAAAGAAUCCUUGAUCUGGACUAUUUGUCCAUUUCUGAUCUCCGCCCCUUGUUCUUCUCUGCCAAUUCUCUCCUUCAAUUUCGACCUCAGUUCUCUCAUUUGCAGUCUUUUCCUCAGGUCAAAAUCUGGCUGUAAAAAACACUUCCUUACGCGGGCUCCGAAAGCGCUGCUCGGGCUUCGUUUUCUUAAAUAACUUUAAGUGGUCUAAAGGAUAUUUUUAGGUCACGAUCUGGAUCUGCUUUGUCUAGUCGGAAAGCUUUUCUACCGUGAAGAUUCACCCAUCCUUCAGGACGGCAGUGGCACAUUACAUUGAUGAAGAAGGUCUUUUUCGUGUAUCACCCGUUCCUUCGGAAUGCGGGACGUGGGCUUUGGGGCACUCCUUGUUACAAUAUUUUGCCUACGAUUUAUGGAAAAUCUCAUUACUGUCCCAUAAGCGCUAGGAUGAUAUAGCGCCACUGUGGUGCUUCCGACGGAUGAUGGCACAUCAACAUUAGUCUGAUUAUAAUAACGAAGAUUAAAUAACGAAGAUAUUAUGAGGAUCCCCAAACUCACAAUGUCCCAACGGUCGAAUUUACACACCUUAAGAUAUGUCAUUAUCUGGAAUGCUCCUCCAAGUUCUAUCCGGAAAAGUCUAACCCUAAUCGAAUUUAAAAUAAAAACUAAUAAAUUCCCUUCAAAUAACGGUACACAUUUAUUUUUGAAUAAGAUAGGACAUUUUUAGCCUCAAUUCUUUGAUAUAAAAUUUGGUCCGAAAGGGCUCUGAUGAUGCCAACCGCUUGUAUAAUAACGGAACAUAGCACUAAAAACAAUCAAAGUUAUGAAAGAUAGCAUCGUUGAUAAACAUAGAACAGAUAGUGAGAUUCUUUCUAUCCUCCCUUUAUCGUUUCGUUCAGCUAUGUAACCUGACAUUAAAUAUCCCUUAAGGAGCUAAUAAUAACAUCCCUUUCGAUAAAACCCUACAUAGUAGCUGUAUGCUAGUCUAUAAUAAAGUCAUAUUAAUCAUGGGCGGCUUUAACGCGCCCCAUAUUGACUGGAGCUCAACCCAUGCAAAUAGCUCAGAGCAGACCUUCGAUAGGAGUUUUCUGAACAUGGCAUUGAAGCUAUUUCUCACUCAACACGUCAUCUUACCAACUAGAGUACGCGAAGGCCAACAAGCCAACUGCCUUGAUCUUGUACUUACGAAGUCACAGGACAGCAUUGAUGAGGUGUCAUGCCUACCCCCUUAGGUAAAAGUGACCACGUCGUUCUUCUAUGGGAUUACUCGCUUUUUUCCAUGCCCAAGAAACCCGGGACAGUUAGAAGAAACCUUUGGCGCGGGGAUUUCGACAAAAUGAGGGCUGAAAUUUUACGCAUUGAGUGGGAGUCCAUAUUUGUUGGGAGCAUACUCGAAGACUGACAACGGUUCCGAGAAAUUCUGCACGAGCUGAUCGUAAACCACUGUCCGCUUUCACGGAAGAGGUUAACUAACAGACCUCGAUGGCUUACGCAAGCCUUGAAGAAUGAAGUGAAUAAAAAACGACGGCUGUUGAAAAAAUUGCUUUCUGACAGGAGCCCCACAUCUAUAUGCGCGUACAAAAUUCAAAGAAAUCGAGUCAAGGGUCUUAUCCUCAAUACCAAAAAGGAAUUCGAACGGGAUCUGCUUAACCGUGCCGCGGAGAACCCUAAAUUAUUCUACGGUUACAUUAGGCAGUGCACGCGGAACAAGGACCCAAUACCUCUGAUAAGGACUGCUGAAGGCGAACAUCUCACUGACGACAGGACGAAAGCUGAUCACCUUUCAGAAUUUUUCGGUCUGUUUUUAGUAGCGAAACAGGAUUCAACCCUUCGGCUCUUCAAUCCUUCGAAGACACCCCAAUUAUAGAGACCGUCCAGUUCACUGAGGGUAUGGUUCUGACGGAGUUGCUGAGGCCAAAGGAAUCCAAAUCACCAGGUUUCGAUGAGAUUCCGGCGAAGAUUUUGAAGGAACUCACCGGUGAGUUGUCUAAGCCACUCUCCAUGCUUUUCCAUACAUCCUUCGAGACCGGAUAUCUGCCACCCGACUGGAAGUCGGCAUGGAUUACGCCGCUGUACAACGGCGGAAGUCGGGUCUCUGCGAACAAUUACAGACCGGUCAGUCUCACCUCCAUUUGCUGUAAGAUUAUGGAGAAGAUAAUAAAGCAACAACUAAUGCAGUUCCUUGAACAAAACCAUUUGCUUUCCGAUUCUCAGCAUGGAUUCCGAAAAGGCAGAUCCUGUGUGACAAACCUGCUCUACUGUCUGGAACACUGGACUAGGGCUGUUGAUAGAGGAGAUAUGGUGCAUGCCAUCUAUAUCGACUUUAAAAAGGCCUUCGAUAGUGUACCUCACCACCGCCUUCUAUACAAACUUAGCCGUGCAGGAGUGCGGGGUAAGCUUCUGAUGUGGAUUCGGAGCUUUUUAAUCGGCCGCUGUCAAGCCGUCCACGUCGGUGACCAACAAUCUGCCGAGGUUGCCGUUAAGAGUGGUGUUCCCCAAGGCUCUGUUCUUGGCCCUACGCUGUUCCUCGUAUACGCCAAUGACUGCGCAAACGAACUGAAUUGCGAUGUCGCAAUGUUUGCCGAUGACAUAAAGAUCUGGAGUACCAUACGAAGCGAAGUUGACGAGGCGCGACUGCAGACAAGUCUGGACCACCUCGAGCAAUGGUCGAAAGACUGGCUUCUACCGUUCAACGUAAACAAGUGUACUUUCCUACGUGUCGGCAGAACCAGUUCGCCUAACCACCCGGUCUACCGUCUGACUGGCAAACCACUGCAAGAAGUCGACGCCCAGAAGGACUUGGGUGUAUGGAUCACAACCUCGCUUAAGCCUUCGCUGCAAUGUUCAAAGGUGGCCAAGUCGGCGAUGUCCAUGCUAUACCUUGUCAAACGGGCGUUCUCCUCCUUUGAUGAAGACUGCUUCGCCAAGGUCUUUCAAACUUUUGUGCGACCGCAUCUGGAGUUUGCUAUCCAAGCAUGGCGACCCUGGACCGCUAAAGACCUGGGCAUACUCGAAAAGGUUCAACGGCGAGCAACGAAACUUGUAUCUGGGCAGUGGUCACUACCCUACGAAACGCGAUUAGCUAAUCUUGACAUCUUUCCUUUGAGUUAUAGACAGCUACGUGGGGACCUGAUACAGACUUUCCGCAUCGUGCGCAAUCAGGGCUGCUGCCUUGCGUUUGGAGACUUCUUCGAGUUGGCGACUACGACUAACCUGAGAGGCCAUCCACUCAAACUGCGUGUGGCUGGUGCCCGGCUAGACACCCGAAAGUUCUUCUUCUCCAACAGAGUGGUUGCAUCUUGGAAUGCCUUGCCUGAGGAUGUUGUUAUGUCGGGCUCGGUAGAUACUUUUAAAUGGAGACUAGAUCAGCACUGUAGCGCGCACCACAAUAACGCCGGACUACGGCCACCUUGACAGCCAGCGCGGACAAUUUAGUGUCAUAACGAUGCUACUACCAACAUCUAAGUAAUAUAUAUAUAUGUUAGUUAUUAAGCUUGGGCCACGUCGCACACCACUGUUCGCAUUCACCACGAUGCCUGUAGACUAAACAAUUUUUCUUCUUUUCCCGUGUCUUAAGUGUGCCUCAACUGUCCGCUGUAUUUUGACCAACAAAGCAAGUUAAUGUGCCUCUAAACUCUGUUAACGCAUGACAUUCUGUGUUCAUCUGUACAGUUUUUGCUAUUCCCCUCGCAUUUCUUUCAUGUUACUUCCUUUCCAUUUCCUCCAUAUAUAUCCUCUGCAUGUAACCAAUAGGGAUUUCAAAGGUACACACCUACUUUCCCUGAAAUAUACGGAUACUGAUACUGAUACUCGUAUAAUGUCACAUUCGCAAGAACAAUAUGGUACAUGAUUCAACAUUAUUUUGACGGCUUUGAUUGCGACUUACCAUUGAAUGUUUCUUACUCCUGAUAUAUAUUCAUCUUUUCCAGCUCUUAGUCCAGACAAUUACGGAGUGCCUCCUGAAAAACACGAAGGAAAUGUGCGACCACCUCUUUACAGCUGGCAAUAGACUGACUGUAGUGGGCCGUCCGUCUGACUGUCCUGUCGGAGAGAUCGGCCCUGGGUUAACAUUCUUCGUCCUGAUAGAAUCAUUUAGAACAAGGGGUGGUCCGGGCUGACUUGCAUUAUUAGUUCUUGAUUUCAGCAUCACACGGCAGACAGUAUUUCAGAUAAACAGGUAUGACCUGGACAACUAAGAUAGUCGAUAAUAUAAACAUUAUAUUAAAUGAGUGGAGACGGAGAGAGUAAAAACGACGAUCGUCAAUAAACGCAUACAAAUAGGAAAACAGAGGGAGGGGAAGAACACUCGUAGAUUAACGUUGAUCCAGAGGAGUUUCUCUAACAAUACAGUCUCGUUCACUGUCUGGUUGAAGCAUGGGGAGCGUAGAGCUGGAGGCUGCUACAGGGGCUGGCAUGUGGACUCCGUCGAUAGGUCCUACAGGCGCACAGAAGAAAAACACAUACUACUCCCUUUCGGAAAAACGUCACUUUAGUAAAACAAAAACAAAACGGUCAGUUCACUCCUGCCGUAUCACACUUUCCCCCCUCAGGAUGGGACCCUUUCCGUUAUAUUCUGUCACAUACAGACUGGUCCUGCCUCCUUUUUAUAUAUUAAGGAGCAACAGUUUUUUCUCCUAUAGUGCUAAUCCAUUCAUACUCAUUUUGUUUAUGUUAGGAGUAACCACCCAAUCUGCCACAAACGCAGUUGCGUAAGAACGCUAUUUCGGCGUGUUGAGACGCACUGCAGUGAACCGGAAGACAAGGUUGCCGAAUCCCAAUAUCUUCGACCGGUUUUCCGAGAAAAAGGUUACCCGCGCAACUUCGUCAACCAGUGCCUGCGCAAACCAGACGAGCGACAAAAUCGCACCGACCCCAAAUUCUGGCGAGCGAUCCCGUACAUCAAGAACGUCUCCGAGGCCGUUAGCCGCCUUCUUGCACCACUUGGGGUUGGAGUUGCGCACAGACCAGAGGCCACCAUGAGGCGUCAAGUGAUGAGACCAAAAGACCCACUGCCACGGCAAGAAACAUCUGGAGUCGUUUACCGGAUCUGGUGCAGUUGCGGACAAAGCAACUACGUCGGAGAAACUGGAAGACUGCUCCGGCCGCGAAUCGCCGAACACGUGGCAGAUGUACGGAGAAAUGACGCCAACUCUCAGGUCGCGGCCCAUUCGAUGAGACCCGGCCACACAUUCAAGUUCGAUGAGGCCGAAAUUCUCGCGAGGGGGGAUAAUCGCGUGAGCUGCGAGUUGCUUGAGUCAUGGUUCACGGGACCUCAGUCUAUCAACAAGUGCAACGACAUCCCCACUCCAUAUUCUGUCCCGAGGCAUAGACUGGCCAAAGCAAUUGACCACUCGAGGAGCGCGAAAGCACGUGAGCCAGAUGGCCGAGCAAUCAUCACGCCAGCAUCCAACACGGGUGAUGAGAUGUCAGCAAUUAACAACUUGCAUGCCGGCCAUCAAGCAGUUAGCGCACCAGCGGGCAACAAUCCUUCAUGAAGGGAGCACGGUUAAUUACUGUAGGUAUGCGGUAGCAUGGCGACCGCAUCCUAUAAAUACUGCGACUUCCUGUACACUAGCCACCCUUUUCUGCAACUGUCUAUGAUGAUGGAUUCAAGAGAGAAUCCGAAACGUCAGGCGAAUGAAGCCAUUGUUCCAGCGAUCGCUUCUUCUUCUGAUCAGUUAGGAGUUUUUGUCAAUGCUCGCUCAACAUUCUACGAAUCAUACUCAUAUUUAAUAACAAUGAAUCGACUACUGCAUAACUUCUGUCCAAAGUUCAAAAAUUCAUGUAAAUGUUAUUCUCACUUGCUAUGAAACACCCACACGAGUCUUGACUAAAAUUAUUAUUAUUAAAAUUUAUAAUAAUAAUAGUAAUAAUUUUUGUUACAUACCCAACAGGUUCCCAUCAAAGCAAGUAAAAAUAAAUUUAUGUGCGAAUUUUAGACGAGGUAGGCAAAAUCUUUACAAAGUGCAAUACGUCGUUUUUGAAUUAGAAGUCCGUUAAGAAAAGUGCUAAGCGAGGCGUGAAAAAAAAACUCCACAUGAAAAUUUGGAAAUGAUUGGAUUAAUUUUACAGGAGAAAAAAAACCCUCGAAAAAAAUAGAAACAGAAAAAUGCCGGCAAGACUGGCCUGCAUGUGGCGGUAUAGAAUGGAUUAUAAUCGGACAUCGUUAGAUCCGAAAUAAAUGUCAGCUGUGUAUGACAUUGUAGAACGGAUUUCAUGAAGAGGUAAGUAGGCGGGUCGGUCAGGACUGGCCUGUAUGUGGCCUUGAAUAAGGCAAAUAAGUGGCGAGAUUGAAAACCAGUCUCGAGGCGAUUGGAACGCAGAUGCGCACGGUUACAAUCAUCCGAGUCCAUCCGAGGAUGGGGCAAGGGAGAUGCGACCAGACUACUAGUAUAUGGCGAAUACAGAAGGUUUCGCCAAGAGCGUUGAUGGAGCACAUUCUGUGAGAGCACGAUGAAAACCAGUCUCGAGGCAAUAGGAACCCAGAUGCGGUCGGCUGACAUUUCUCAGUGUAAGAGGUACCGGAUCCAACUGAAGAAGAUAGUUCUAAGUAAAAACUCUCCAAACACUUGCCGAAAAAGGAGAGCAAUAUCUGAGAACCAUAAGAACAACAUUCUUCAUAAAUUCUUGCAUCAUUUUCGGACGGAGAAAAACAUGUUAUAUGGAUCCGCAUAUUUGCGCGGCUGUAGCAGAGAUUAAAUCAGCAUUAGCUGCUUAAUUAAGCUUAUUUGUGUAAAUCAAACCUAGGUAUUUGAUGGUGGAGCCUUCUGAGAGUGCCUUAUUGUAAAAAAAUAUGCGACCAGGAAGGUUGGCGGGACCAAAAGACAUGAACUACAAUGGUAGGGGGCGCUCACCAAUCGUACUUACGUAACUCACUCGAUCCGUUGUGCCUUAGGGGUUCACUCUCAAGCCCAACCAGCAGCCGCACAUUGGCGCAUAAUAUAGGCAGUGUGUUAUUACCGACAAAGACAAGGGAGACUGGUCUGCCUUGUCUCUGUCGGUAAUAACAUACAUGAACUACACCUAGAUGAAGAAGACUCCAGCUGCGAUGCGCAAAUCCACUCCCACAAGCGUACUAGAUCCUCGAGGUCAUUACGAAAAUUUCUGUAACUGUUAGACCGACGGACAGAGUACUAACGGAAAAGUCACGCAGCUGCCGUCUCAAUAUUUUGGUCUGUUAGGAAGAAAGCGAGGGAAAGGGGGCCUGAAGAGUUAGGCUUGAGACAUCUGCGAGGCACAUUAGACAUGACUUCACAAAGAACUGUUACGUUAUUGCGGGAGAAGAAGUUGCCCCAAUGCAAUGAUAUGAUAUAGUUGCUUGUUAAGUUAUUGUCCACGCAAUCGUAGUUUAUAUAGGUUCGGACUGUGCUGGUCUUCUCUAAAAAGGCAACCUGUAUGCAACCAUGAAUUAAUACGUGAUUACUAUCAAAAAGCAACGAAAUGAGGAGAAAUGUCAUGAGCAGAGGUCAGAUCAGUAAUGUGAUUCUCUUUUGUUGGAGAGCGCAAAAAUUGUGAUUCAAUAAAAAAAAUGAAAAUAUCUUGGAAAAAUGAAAAUCUAUGUGGGCGAAUAGUCAUAAUUCAAUGUUCUUCAUGAAGGUUAAACUAUCCAGUCAUUAUUUUGCCACUGAAUGCAGAUUUAGAAAUUAAUUUAAAGACUUCACAAUGUUGUACAUCGUUUCCGGCUGAAUACUUUGGAGGAAUGUUGAUAGAGUCUAGAAUUAUCUUACUUCGUUGCGAGAGAGUAGUAGAAACAGAAGUUUCCCAUGAACAAGGAGGCAUUCAGAUCAUGAAGAGGGUGCCUUAGUGAAGCUCUCAGGUAAGGAAGGCAACCACCCCCACGACUAUGCCUUGACGGUAGAAAUGAAAGUCAUCUGUAAAAAUGCAAGAGUCAGUUUAGCGAACACGUGCUUUCGGUUGCUCAUCGCUAGACCAUAGGACUUGAAAAUAUGAUCACUGGGCUUAUUAGUGACUCAGGACCUAGUAACACUCAUCGUUCCCACGUCACCCACAGAGCGGGAUCGGUGCCUCAGGGUUAUUGGGGCACGAGGGAGGGUGAGGGUGACGGAGGCUGUGAGUGGUGUUUGUAAUCUAGGUAAGUUGGUCACACACACCACUGCCCUCAGGAGGUUUGGGCUGCGUGCGACAAUCAUCUAGGGUCGGUGUUGGCCACGGAAUACAGAACGUUCGUGUCAACGUCUUCUGACUACGUAGCACUAGAUUUGCUAGUCGUAUAGCCGAUGCCUCGACUGCAGCUACCACCCGCUGGCGUAGGCCUCUGGCGAAACUUGAUGGUGUCCGGUACACAACCUGUAAGUCUUCUUUGGCAUCGACUCGGUGAUUCGUAUUGACGAAAUUGACAAGAAUAGAGCUCGAAUUCGACCUUUUUCACAUACGCCUUGCCAACGCGGUACGUGUUCAAGUACUCUCACUUCCAGGCGCCUCGUUGCACGGCCAAUGUAUCUAUAUAAUAUAUGGUACAUGAUUCUGACUCAGAUUUGGGCUAUACUGUUUAUAGCAGACCUGGCAUUGAUGAAUUUAUUGUUCAAUGUGUCUCGAGCAGCAUGGCCAUUUUUGAUGGUAUCUAGAAAAAAAAUGGAGGUGGACACGUAAGCCGCAAAUUAUUAUUAUUUGAAGAAUAAUUGCCGAUGGGUCCAGAACCAUUGACAUUUGCAGAAUCAAUAAGAAAGAGCUGAACAAGAGACCUAAAAGAUGUAAAGAUAUAGUUUUCAGAUACUGGAAUACUAAGAGAGUUGGGAUAGGAAUAGACUCUUUGGUAGUUAACUUGUGCUCACUGUUUGUGUCACGUCUUCAUAAAAUAUUCGGAAAGCAUAUACUAGGUUCACUGUUUACCUCUUCUUGGUAGAAAUGAUAAUGCAGUACUUCUAAAGGAGUACGGUCUACAUUCUGCAUCAUAGGCACUGAACCAAAUAAGUUCAAAUAUCUAGCAAGGACGUGUUCGCCCAGUGAGUGUUAAGGCGUCGUUUACAGACUGGGACGUUAUCAUCUCCGGAUACUUCACUGAGGACUGAAAGUCAUUCAAGAAGCGUUUGUUGCAUCUCUUGCAGAGCAGUCAGUCCUUAUUAAGACCCAGAAGAAUGAAUCGGCCUCGACGUCUUACACGAGAUUUAAAAAUCAGGCCAAUAAGACAGCAAGAUUAUAGCAGAUACUUUUCACAUAAGAUGAAAAUGCAGACCCUAGACCAAGGAAAUUGCGGAUUAAAAAAGUGGAAGACUUAAUUUCCAAAAGACGUCAAAAUUAAGGGAGCAGCUUGAUCAGUCAUUAUAUUAAAAAUCCUAUCAUUGUCUACAGCUACAUGCGAAAAAGUGCACGUUGCAUUGGCCUGAUUCCCGUUAUGAGGAAUUAAAAGUCUCGAGGUAUCGGCCGGUAAAAUCAGAGCCGAGCAUUGUUCGCAUUUCGUCUAAUCCGUUACCGCCUGAUAGCGGAUUAAAUUCCUCCAAGAUGCCGAGCAUUGGAACGUUAGUUAUUGAAUAUGCUGCGUUUCGAUUGAAAGGAAUUUUUUUAAAAAAACUGUUAAAAGUGGAUGCAAAGUCAGUUUCUCAGUCCUGUCGAGAUUCUAGCAAAAUUACUCCCGGAACUUUGCAGACUAAGCCAUUAAAUUUCUGCCCGCGUACACCUGAAAGCAAAUAUGCUUAUGUGAAAGUUAAUCCGUUUCCACUUGACGCCGUAAUUCAUUUAGGCUGUUGUUACUUCUUUCAGUGUGUGUGCCAAAAAUAAGGAGUUCAAAGGUAUGGGCCUGCUUUACUCAAGUACACUUAACCGAGCUGAAGUAAAGGGCUAGACUGGUUGGCAACGCGGUUUAAUGCGGAUUUGUGAUCCCCACACCCAAAUACAUUUAAGCCUCCAUCCCAUCCUGUGACAUGUCAUUCGGACGUCAAACACUCUGUUUCGAGACGUGGUUCCCAAGUCUCGCUGAAUGUUACACUUUCCUGUAGUAAGAAAUAAAUGCCGCGCAUGUAGGCAUUGCAAGAUUUGAUUUAAGUUUGCCUGCGAACGCCCCUACUCAACUUCGUUUCGGACGACUCUUUAGACCUUGGUAUCAUCAGAAGGUGUGGCGACAGCACAAUCUAGUUUAUUGGCGCAGUCAUUGACUUUUACGCCCAAAAAACGAGCCUUGUAAAACAGCACACUCCACCGUAAUUACCAUAGACUGUUAAACACUGAGAUGAAUGAUUAGAUAGAGGCAGUUAGAGAAGCCUUUAUUUUACCAUAGAGGAUUGCACCUAGCGGCCGUAUGGUCGAGUUUAUACACGAAUCGCUGACGUGGCUGGACAUUAGACAUAUCAUUGUGCUGCUCGAUAAAAUGGAUCAGCUCUUGUUCAGUUAUUUUUUCUCUAACUUUUCAGCCGGUCCGAUUGGAGCUGAUUAAUUCGUUGUUGUAUGCAGGGCGUUUGCAUAUUUCCAGUCGAAAGGCAAACAACCGGUUUCGAUGGAGGUGACAAACGGCAUGAAGAGCUGUUUGGCUAGUUGGGCAACUAGCUGAUUUAGCAAUUUGAUUGACAUGUAAUCAAUGCCGGGUGAUUUUGCAAAGUUAAGCGUUUGCAGCUUUUUGCGAAUAAUCCCUUCGACAAAAGACUCAGCCAUAGUCGUUUCACCUUCCACUGAGUCAUAGUGGGGAUGAUAAAAUUUGCCAACUCAUUUAAAGAUGGACUUAAGAAAUUGCGAAAUUUGCUCUGCACUCGUUCCUUCCUCAAUGUACUCCAAAUUCAUUCCGUAAUAUAUUUCUAUGGUUAACUGUGCUUUCAUUGAAAUCGUUUCAGUGUUAUGCUCAUUGUUAUUAGUAGAAUACACUAAGGGACUGUGUUAGUGUCAGUUUAAGUCAGUUUAAGUCAGUUUAUUAAGGGAAUGAGGCUUUCGCCCUUGAGCUCCCUAUUCAUAUCGAUAAACAGACAUAAAGUCAUCAAUUACAUCAGUAAAUGCGAAAAGUUAAGAAGUUAGCGGUAAGUGUGAGCUAGGCGCAAACUGCCGCCGCUAAAACAAUCAUUAUUGUAUGUACAGUAGGUUCUCAACAAAUGAGCGUUUAGUCUACACUUAAAGGAUUUGACACUUUCGUAAAGAACGACGGCAUCAGGGAGUCCAUUCCAUGCCCCGAUGACCUUGUGAGAGAAGGCGUUCCGUCGGACGUCCGAAUGAGCCCGCUUCCUUUGCAGUUUGAAGGGAUGACCACGCAGACGGUCAGUCCGGGCCAACUCAAAAAAUUCAUCAAAGUCUAGGGCACACUCACGGCUUUUGACAAUCCUGUAGGUUUGAAUGAGAUCGCCACGCAGUUGCCUGUAAUUUAGAGGAAACAAAUUUAGUUCGGUCAGCCUGGUUUCGUAAGGCAAAUGAUGAAGAUUCUUGACCAUCUUCGUAGCCAUCGCCUGUACUCUUUCCAGUCGUUGAUAAUCUUUCUUCAACCACGGUCGCCAGGCCUGGGCUGCAUACUCUAAGUGAGACCGGAUGAAUGCCCCAUAGGUUUUUCCGAACAGCUCCUUGUCGAUCUGCACAAAUCCUCGCCUCAGCGCAAAUAACACCCUUAUCGCACUUUUGGCUGCCCUUUGACACUGUGAAGAUGGUUUCAGCGAUGUGGUCAUUAGGACGCCCAGGUCUUUCUGUUCCACAACAUUUGAAAGGGGCUGACCACCAAGGACGUAUUGAAAGGAAUCGUCCUCCUUACUGGUCCGUCUGGUGCGGAGUCUCAGGACCACACAUUUGUCCACAUUAAAAUUAAGGAGCCAGCGAGCUGACCAACUGUUCAGGCGGUUGAGACUGUCUUGAAGCGCGUACCUGUCUGCAUCAGAUCUGAUGGGUCGCCACAGCUUAACAUCGUCAGCAAACAUGAUGGCGCUGCAUCCCAGGUCGUCAACGCAGUCGUUAAUGUAAACCAGGAAUAGCAACGGCCCUAAGACGGAGCCCUGGGGUACACCACUUAGAACGGGAGUAGGAGUUGACCUUGAGGCCUCAAUGCACACGGUUUGCGAUCUCCCGGUAAGAAAAUCUGUUAUCCAUGUCAGCAGCGUUCCUCUUAUCCCAAUUUCAGAAAGUUUGUAGAUUAGGCGUUUGUGUGGGACGCUGUCGAACGCCUUCUUAAAGUCUGUGUAUAUGACAUCAACCCUCCCAUCCUCGUCCAGUGCGCGAGUCCACUGCUCCGUCGAAAGCAAUAAACUGGAAAGACACGAGCGGUUCUGUCUAAAGCCGUACUGCAGGUCUGAGAUUAAAUGGCCCUGCUCCAGGAACUCCAUAGUUGCUUUCUUAACUAUGGCCUCCAUUAUUUUACAGCAGAUGCAGGUUAGACUAACAGGCCGGUAAUUGUUAGCAUUAGUGCGAGCCCCGCCCUUGUAUAUCGGAAAGAUAUUGGCUGUCUUCCAUUCCGAUGGCAACCUCCAUAAUUCGAAUGACGAGCGGAAGAUGUGCGCCAGUGGUCUGGAGAGUUCAUUCGCCAGUUCCUUCAAUAAUUUGACCGGUAUAUUGUCCGGACCCGAGGACUCUGCUUCCUUGAGAUUUUUCAGCUCCCUUUCCACGACAGGUGUCGGGAAGAGUAUGGAGUCAAGCACGCGAUCAGCAGUCUCAACAGCAUUGCUAGUACUGCGACUGCGAAACUCUGUUUCUCUAGUAAAACCGAGGCAAAAUACUGUCCUAAGUGUUCGGCUUUCUCGUUGUUCUCAGUGAUCUCUACACCAUUACCAUACUUCAGCACCGCGACCGGGUCCUUAUUUUUCAGUCUACUGCUAAGAUAGUGAAAUAAAGUCUUAGGUUUCUGUUCAGCCUGUCGGAUAAUUUUGGAUUCAUACUCCUUCCGUGCCUGACGGAUACAUUUUUGACGGCAUUUCGUUGACGACGAAAUUCUUCGAAAUGCGCUGGUGACGCAGUUUCCCUGAAUAUUUCCCAUCUUUUGCUUUUCUUCCGUAGCUGCCUAUUGAGGUCCCUAGUUAACCAAGCAGGUCGACUAGUUGUUUUUUGUAUAGUAUUUUGAAAAUUCCAGAAAUGCGGUGAUCGGUCGUCGAUCUCAGCCCAAAUAUUCAGGUGACCGCAGUCUGUAAAACAAUCUCUAGGUAAGCGAACGAGAUUAGAAGCGGUAAAAUCAAUUUUUGAGGAGGGGACAGAUCUUACAGAAACAUUCAGAAGAAGAUAUAAAACGGUAAUUUGUUGGGAAUACGAACAGAGAUGUUUAAUAGAAUUAUAGGCUAUUGGGAUUGGAGUCAAAACGCAAGGACAAACUGUAAUAUCACCGAUAGUGAAGCAGAGGCUCCACCAGGAAUGACUGCUCAGGGUUCGAUAGACGGAGAAAUGGUAGCAGUAACAGGGCGACAGAACGUGGACGAAUAUCCAACUUACCAUUUUUUUAUUAUAGAGUUUACAUUCCGUGCCUUUGCGGUUUAUUACAGAGCGAGAUGUUAGCAGGCCGCUCCCUAUUGCUCCAGAUAAAGGUCAAAAAAUUCGGUUACCAAUUUUUUUGUUUCAAAAUUGUCUGCGUAGAACAACAGCAAUCAAGGUGCACAUUCAUAGAGAGUGGGGUCCCACAAGGCUCGGUGCUCGGAACAACCCUCUUUCUCUUGUUCAUCAAUGAUUGUGUAGAUGGGUUGGACUGUGAUUGCGCCAUGUUUGCAGACGACAUAAAAAUCUGGAAAGUCGUCCAGAAUGCUGCCGAUGAGACCAACUUCCAAGAAAAUCUUUGUCGAUUGGACGAGUGGUCCCGCAGAUGGCUCUUGUCCUUCAACUUGAACAAAUGCACCAUUCUGCGCCUCGGAAAUCAGAUCCCUAGUACGCGGCAAUACCAUCUGAACGGAAUGCCACUCCGAGAAGCAGAAACUCAGAAAGAUCUCGGAGUUUGGGUUGCAGACAGCCUAAAGCCUUCUACACAAUGCUGUAAGGCGGCCAAGGCCGCAACCUCAAUGUUAUAUGCCAUCAAGCGGGCAUUAGUAGUUUUCGAUAAAGACUGCUUCACCAAAGUCUUCGGCACGUUUAUAAGGCCCCAUCUCGACUAUGCAACUCAGGCCUGGAGACCGUGGACGCAUCAGGAUUACGAUCUGCUCGAAAGGGUGCAGAGACGAGCAACAAAAUUAAUAAGAGGUCAAAGUGCACUGCCAUACGAGAUCCGCUUAACUAGCCUUAAUCUCUAACCUCUGAGUUAUAGGCAGUUGCGCGGAGACAUGAUACAAACUUUCCGUAUUGUGCGCGGCUUGGAUUGUGCCCUUCGGCGCGAGGACUUUUUCCAACUCGCCACUGUAACUAACCUCCGGGGACAUCCCUUCAAGCUACGUGUGCCACAGGGUAGACUGAAUGUGAGAAAAUAUUUCUUCUCCAACCGUGUUGUGGAACCGUGGAAUAACCUGCCCGAGACGGUUGUUAUGUCUCAAUCUGUGGAGGCAUUUAAAUGUCGCCUUGACAGAUAUAUGCUGCAGCAACAAGCGGACUAUGUGACUUUUUAGCCAUGUAACUAGUGACAUAUGUGAAUCAAUGUAUGCAUUCACUAAAUGCUGUAAUUUCUUCACAUUUUUGCUUGUUUAUCGAUUUUUUUUAUGUACAAAUAGGGAGUUCAAAGGCGUAAGCCUAUUUCCCUCAAAUACACUGACUGAUUGAAAUAUACUGCAUCAGCUUUAGGACAAUUAAAUGUGGACAGAAACUACUUCGUUUAUAUGAACCAGGUUACAAAUAGUGAUUGGCAGUUAUUAUGUUUUCUCACGCGACUUGGGGUUUCCGCGCGCCUUCGCGGGCUCGGACCCUGGAUCGGCUUGCUUAAUGGACGGUCUGCUGUUGUGCUGAAGUACUUGACUACUUGACCUUUGACAAUCUUGGCACGUUUGUUUUACUGUAGCAUUUGUUUUAACGUGACGAAUACUCCGCCGCUUGUAAGCUUCGCGCCGCUUGCAUGUUCUCUGGUCAGAUAGUUGCACAUUUUAAAUAUUAACUUUAUUCACUUACUGGCCUUCCUUACCCCUCUCCGCUUAUGAGGCUAGUAAGCCGUAGUUCGUUAGUUCGCGGGAACGACAUAAAUUACGUCAUUGGUGACUCCCGACGUUAGCGAAGACUUAAGUUCUUUUCAUCAGUAACAUUUGAUGAAAUUUAACGUUCCGUAUUUAUUUGCUAAAUUUUAGUUCAUUUACAUCUCCCGCUAACCUUUCCGCGAUAUUGUGCUACCUAUAUUUUGCUUAUUAUGUCUUCCUCAACUCAACAACCUGAGGUUCCUGCCGAGUCUGUUCAUGCCGUCCAUUUCACUUUGCCUGAUUUCUGGCAACACGCCACUGAACUUUAUUUUAUCCGCAUUGAGUCAGCCUUUUACUCCGUCAACAUUACGAAGGAGUUGUCGAAAUACCACAAACUUGUGGAGAGUUCUCCCUGCCAAUAUUAUCUCACAAGUUCAACCCUUGUUAGUGAAACCCCCUGCAGACGCUCCCUAUUCUGUUCUGAAGGCGGAAAUCCUUCGUCUCAAUGCUGUAUCUGACCGACAACGCUACCACCAGUUGAUCAAGGAGGAAUCACUGGGCGACCGGAAGCCCUCAGAACUUCUCCGACGAAUGCGUACUCUGUUAGGAGACAUGCAGGUCGACGAGAAACUCGUUAAAGAGAUGUUUCUAGAACGGCUGCCUGCAGAUGUUCAAACGAUUUUGGCAUCCGGCUCGCAAGACCUUACACUUUCACAUCUUGCUGAAAUGGCAGACCGAAUGAUAGAGGUUCAACGGUUCCAGCCACCUUCCGUUGCUCAGAUUUCCACAUCCUCUUCAACGGUUAAUGAGCACUUACUGCAACAGAUGUCGGCUAUGGCGAACGAGAUAGUCACCCUAAAACUACAGCUUGCUCGCAUUACCUGUAGUUGCUCACCCAGCUGUCAUCGUUCACGUUCGCGACCUCGCACAGCCAAUUUGUGUUGGUAUCACGCAAAUGUUCUUCCCCUUGUUCAUUUAAACCGAAACAGGGAAACCAGCCUGCCAGAGAAUAGACGCGAGCGUUUUCUCUGGCUCUCUCAGCUCUGGUCGCACCUUUUAUGUCUGCGAGAAUGUGACUCGCAGGCGCUUCCUGGUGGACACCCGAGCCCAGAUCAGCGUGGUUCCCCCCACUCCAGUUGA